CUGAUCUUCCAUUUGCUGCAACCUACCGGAAAUUAGUACAGAGCAAAAUUAUACCUGAAAUUUAAGUUUUCACCUGCGGACUGGCUACAACAAGUUCUACAGAUACAUACAGCUGUUUGAUGUCGAGAUUUCCUGCAAAAUUACCUUCUGUCCUUUUCCGUCCCCGUACGUGCCUGUAUGAAACAAGCAGUGCUGUUUCAGUCUGCUGCACAGAUCUUCAUCUUCGUAGAAAAUUUCCAUGUACACAACUCCAACUGCAAAUAAUGGUCGAGACAACAACCUCGAAGCUUUCCUCCACUCCCGGAAGCACAAGCAGCAUAUUAACCUGCACCCCCGAGUUGUAUGUCCGAAGCAAACAGCAUCGAAGGGGGGAAAGCACUUCCUCUCCGAUCACGGAGCAGAAGCGAAGACACAGCAGCAGCUUCCUCGAACAAGACCGCUGCGCUUCUACAGAAGAUGACGGGGGAAAAAAUGGGGAAAAUAAUCCCCUGCCGCACUACGUUGUCCUGGCGCUCGGGUCGAACGAGGGCCCGAACCGAGUCCGCCACUUGGAAGCCGCGUUGCGCGAUCUCGGGAACCAGCCGGGGAUUCAGCUGCAGAACACGUCGAGUUUAUACGAGUCCCGGGCGCAGCCGAAGUUCGUGGAAAAAGCGAAGAGUUCCGCGACGACAAAUAAAAGGGUCGACCGCGGCGGUGCUGGAAAAGUUAUCGAUUUGGCAAGCAAGGAGGAGGAAGCAGCUGAAUCAGGAUUACCUCGUCCUGCGGCGCUGGCUAGUACAACUGAGAGGAGCACAACAUCAUCUUGCAACUACUCCCCCAGUGCUGCAUCAUCACCAAAGACAACAAACACAAAUAACUACCUGAACGCGUGCUGCAGUCUGCUUACCUCGCUGACACCCACCGCCCUGCUGGAAGUUCUGCUCGACGUGGAGCGCCGGGGCGGGCGAAGGAGACGAGGAACAAGCGAAGACGGGCUGGGGGCUCACGGUUGUGAUGAAGAUGAUCUUCAUCUUCGCAGCAUUCAAAACCAUGAUAACAGUAACGACGACCGGACGAGCAGCGGCCAUUUGCAGGGGAGUGUGUUGGACCAGAAAGACGAGAAGCCAAACUACAUCCCCCCGGCACGGACGGUGGACUUAGACAUUCUGCUGUUCGACGACGAUAUUGUGAACAUUAGCAAGAACAACGAGGCGCCAGAAGAUGCAGAGAUCCUCGCUGUGGCAAGAGGGGAUAGAAGCACGAAGCCGCGAGAAGAACGCGACCGCCACAACGUUUCACGCCUCGACCUGCAGAUCCCACACCCGCGCAUGCUGCUCCGGGAUUUCGUCCUGGUCCCGCUGCAGGAGCUGCUGCGCGCCGACCGGCGAGAACACACGCAGCACCCCGUGACGAAGGAGGUUCUCUGCGCCCUCCCGAUGCCCGACGGCGCGCGCGGCCCGUCGCGGUUCCUACCGGGGCUCGGCACGCUGGCCGGGGCGAACGAGGCGUGGUUGAUGGGCAUUUUGAACACGACGCCCGACAGCUUCAGCGACGGCGGACUGUACGUCGACGCUGCGGUAGCGUUGCAACGGGCGGAGGAAAUGCGCGCGCAGGGCUGCCAUAUUGUCGACGUGGGCGGGGAGUCCAGUCGCCCCGGGGCGGAGCACGUGGCUCGCGAGGAGGAGCUCGAGCGCGUGGUGCCCGUCUACGAAAAGCUCGGGGAGAAAGGCAUCCCGUUUUCCGCCGACACGCGGAAAGCGGCGGUGGCGCGGCGGGCGCUGCAGUGCGGAGCGGUCUGCGUGAACGACAUCGAAUUCGGAGGGUAUAGUGGGAGAACAUCUGUUUUCGCUGGCUCGGGUGGUGAAAAUAAAGUAGACGAAAUACAUCAAAAGUUUCGAGGUCGUGCUGGUGGACAGGACAAUUCUAGUAGAAGUGAAAAAAACGACAUGUUUGCACUUUUGAGCGACGGCAUUCGAAAUGUCUCUGGGAUACGGGGCGGAUUGAGUAAUAGGGGUGUUGUUCAUCCGUCGUGUAGUGAGAGCCACACAGACGAGAAGGUGGACAGCACCAGGAGCAGCGGACUGACUGUUCCUGAGAGCGACGAGUUUUUCUACAUCGGUAUGCACAUGCGGGGCGACUUCAAGAGCAUGGAUUUUUUGACCAACUAUGGCGAGCAGGGGAAAGACAUGGAAAAGAGCAGGAGUUGUGCUGCAAAUGCAAAAAUAGCGGAUUCGAGCGGAGGCAACACUGCUACACCGAGACGGAAUUACAGUUCCGACUUGGGAACAAGCAAGCACGUUGGCGACGUUAGCAGCGGCGGCCAAGAAGUCGCAAGGGGACGAGGUGGCGGUGCUUCACUAUCGCUGGUCGUCGCGCACUUGAAUGAGUUCUUCGAGGAACGGCUGCGGGUGUUAUUUCGCAAUUACGACGUGCCUCCGUGGAGGGUGGUGUGCGACCCAGGACUCGGGUUUGCGAAAACGCCGGAACAAAGUUUGGAGAUCGUGCGCCACGCGCGCGAGCUGUGGCGUCCGGUGCAGUGCUUCGGACACAGUCGGAAACGCUUUGUCAGUUUUGCACAGGGUUCCGGCGCUCAAUGGCACGCUUCGGGGAAGCAGACGCUGCCAGGAAACCUCGCACUGACCUGCGCGUUGGCGGGGAAAGUGGAUUUUCAGUGCAUGUUUCGAGUGCACGAUGUGCAGGAAACGCAGCAGGCACUAGUCGCAUUUGCGCACUCCAUCAGUUCUGUGUAAAAGGCUAUCUACAACUGUUUUGGCAUUUUUAGCUGAUAUCGAAGGAUAGUCACCACAGUACUCAAAACAAACAAGAGGUCGUGAAACGAAUACACACAGACUCGAGGCCGUGGCCGCAUUUAGUUGUAUUCACGCAGGCAAAAGUGAAGUUGUUUAUCGGAGGUUUGGCAAGACCGACAGUGUUCGAGCUGUUGUGCCAUCGUGCGGGCUCUUUCGUCGUGCU